AUGGCACCAACAACUAUGAUAGUUUAUCAUUGCUUUAUUUUCAUCUGGUAUUUUUUCCUUACUUACUCCCUUUUUACAGUUAAUUCCAAGGAGACGCCAGUUGGAGUUUUCUUGUAUGGUGGACAAUGGAAAUACUUGACAGUCCUUAAUGUGGUUUUGCAGACUCUUUUCUAUGCAGUGUGUUUUGUGACGGAUCUCCUGAAGCCAGCGAGUGGAAUCAGACUAGUGAAGUUCAUUGUUUCCUGCAGAGACCUCCUCUUCUCUGUUCUGGCUUUUCCGGCAUCCACAUUUGUGUUUUUAGCGUUUUGGGCACUGUACAGUUAUGAUAGGGAGUUGGUAUAUCCAGAGGGCCUGGACAGGAUCAUUCCAGUAUGGCUUAAUCACGCCAUGCACACAGCUGUGUUUCCACUUGCUGUCCUCGAAAUUGUGUCCUCUCCUCAUCAUUAUCCGGAAAAGAAAAAGGGGCUCAUCUUUUUGGGAAUAUGCUCCGUAUCUUAUUUGAGCUGGGUAAUAUGGAUUUACUUUGCUGAUGGCAAGUGGGUUUAUCCUUUUCUGGGACUACUUAGUCCACUUCAAUUUUUGAUGUUUCUGUUAGGUAGCCAGGCACUUACUGCAUUUAUCUACAUUGCUGGAGAUAGUCUCAACUAUCUUGUCUGGGGAGAUGAAGAUGGGAAGAAAAAGGAGAAUUAAAUCUUUUUUGACCUGUAAUCCAACUAGAAAGAUUAUGAAACAUCAUAAUAAAUCUGUUAAGUAUCUGGC